AUGAAUGGACACAAGAAUGUGCUUCUGCUAAUAGCAGAUGACCUCGGAAAACAACUGAGCUGCUACGGUGCAAAAAGUAUCCUUACACCUAAUAUUGAUCGGCUUGCGGGUGAGGCCACUCAGUUUGAUUAUGCAUUUGCAAGUACUGCCUCGUGUAGUGGAAGUCGCUCUGUCAUAUAUACCGGUCUUCAUACUCAUCAAAAUGGACAAUAUGGACUCGCCAGUCAUCGGCAUCAUUUCGUCACAUUUGAUCACGUCGAAACUCUGCCACAUUUAUUGAACCAGACUGGUCACCAGACGGGGGUUUUGGGCAAGAUUCAUGUUGGACCAUCGAAUGUUUACCCUUGGAAAGUGACAAAGGAAAGCACCACCCGUGAUGUUGCAUUGAUUGCCGACCAGGCCAGGUCUUUCCUCCUUGAUGUCAAGCAGAGUCAACAGCCUUUCAGUCUGACGGUUGGGUUCCACGAUCCCCAUCGUGAUCAAACACGGGGUGGAUUUGGCAAUGAUGCGGAAUACGAUUCUCGGAUCACUAAAGGAAACUAUAUUGCGGAAAACGUCGAAGUUCCAUCAUUCAUUACCGAUUCCAAUGGAGCUCGCUCGGAAUUGGCUGAGUAUUAUAACUCGAUACAUCGCCUCGAUCAAGGCGUGGGAAUGAUCUUGGAUGCGUUGGAUGGUUCUGGUCUAGCUCAGUCCACUCUCGUCAUUUUCGUCAGCGACAACGGCCCGCCGUUCAUCAAUUCCAAGACCACGCUGUUUGAUGCUGGAGUCCGACUUCCCUUGAUUAUUAGGAGUCCAGGGUCUUCAUCAACUGUCAGUACAAAUAUGGUAUCGUAUAUCGAUAUUCUUCCCACCAUCUUAGAUUUUGUCAAUCACCCAGGAGUGAAAGACCCCGCAGGCAAGCGUCUCGGACGUUCACUUCUUCCUCUGCUUGGAAAUUCAGCCGAGUUGCCAGAAUUUGAUCAUGUCUUUGGUUCUCACACAUUUCACGAAGUAACAAACUAUUGGCCAACACGUUUUAUCCGAGACCGACAAUAUAAGUACCACCGGAAUUUAGCUUGGCGUCUGGACUUCCCAUUUGCGGCUGACUUGUACGGGUCACUUUCAUGGGAAGAUAUCCGAAAUUCAACGGAAAAGGAGAUCAUGAUCGGUGGCCGAAGACUGAAAGAUUAUUUCUUUCGCGCGCCUGAGGAGCUGUAUGAUUUGGAAAAUGACCCAGAUGAGGUGAAAAACUUGGUGAAGGAGCCUGAGUAUGCAGAGAUAUCAGAUAGUCUGAGAUCGAGGCUGGAGAAAUGGCAACGUCGAACCGAGGACCCUUGGCUGUAUCGAGAUGGGGUAUCAUUAUGGUUCAUACGAAAUCACAUAAAAAAUGGGUUAAAGGUCCCCGAUAGGUUGGACUUUGAUCAGAAUGAACCAGGAAACAAACAGAGUGGAUUCGUUAAGGAAACACGUUGGGGGGAGGAUGUUCAAGAAUAA